AUGAGUAAGAAGAUACAAAAGUUGGAUAUAGCAGAGGGAAGUACCACAGCUGAUAGAACCAGAAGAAUAAAGCUGAGAAGUUGGAAAUUGCGAAUACAAUGUAAACUCAAACAUUUUGUGUGGAAAUGUUUCAAUGGUAUUCUCCCGGUUAAUGUGACUGUUAAGAAGAGGGGUAUCAUAGUGGAUGUGGUAUGUCGAAGAGCUAGAGAUGUGUGGAAACAUGCACCUGUGAGGUGGGAUGGAAUGGUAACUGAUACCUACAGAAGCCACGAUCUAUUAAUCGAGUUUCAUGCAUAUGAAGCUGAAAUGACAGUAGAAGAACAUCAUCGACAUCAUCAUUUGUCUUUCAUGAUGGUCAAAAAAGCCGAAGUGAGAGUUUCAUCCUUCGAACCAGAACAGACUGCUAUUGGCGGCUUCGCCUAA